AACAGAGGAUGAAUCUGAGACCAAAUAAUAUUAAUCCAGCUGAUUGGCGGAAAUUUGUGAAAAUCAAAACAAGUGCAAGCUUUAAGGUUGUGAGUGAUAAAUAUAAAGAAAGGAGAAGGAAACAGAUUCCUCACACUACUAGUCGUAAAGGAAUGGUCAGACUAGCAGAGGAUAUGAAAAUUGAAAGUGGAGAUCCAUCAGAAGUGACUAGGCUGAAGGUGUGGGUCAAGUCGCGUACCAAAAAAGAUGGUACGCCAGUGAAUACGAAUGCAGCUGAGAAGAUUAAAAAGGCAGCUGAGCUGGUUGGUAGUGAUGCUCCAACAUUGACAACAAAUCCAGAAGAAGAUCACCUCUCCCAACUUCUAGGACCUGACAAUCCUGGUCGGCUCAGGGCAAUGGGUAGAGGCAUGAGUAAGACAAAAUUAGCUUGUUUCCAAAUAAAGACCAAAUGUAUGACUGACAUGCAAGAGAAGCAAGUUCAAUUGGUUAAGAAGGUCAAUGAAUUACAAGAGGAAUUACUGAAAAUCAAGAAUCAGGUUAGAUACUUUAUUAGUUCUCAAAUUAUACAUUUAGUUGCUGAGUUAUUACAUAGAUUUUGACUAGUUUUAAAUAUUACAGAGACAAGAAGCUGAAAUAGGUGAAAACUCAGCUGCUAGAGUAAGUUAGAUCACAUCAAUGUCUGAUAUCAGUGAUUCCUUAUUUUUAUUUUAUAAUUGACAUUUUUCAAAUCAAUAUUUUGUAGAGUGUGAACAAAAGAGCACUCCCAAAGUGUGUGUUGUAUGAUUGGUCUGAUUCUGAUGAAAACAUUGCUGAGGGGCGAAUUCUUUCUUCUGAUCCUGAUGACUUGGUGAAUAACUGUCGCCUAGGCCCUACAGAUCUUAAAGUGUUGGUAGAAACUGCUACCAAACCAGAUGCAUUCCUUUGGAGACCAGCAAGUAACAUGUUCACGGUUGAGGAAGCUGUUGGACAAAUAAUUGCUUGGCCAGCCUCUAAGUGUGUUCUAGUUGACAAGGACAUCCAAAUAGAAGAUAUUGCGCCUCUGGGUCUUAGAACAAAUUCUCUGAACAAAUGCAAACUACUAGAUUUGUCUAGCGAUGAAGUGAUUGUUGCUGAAGGUCGUUGGCAGACACAAGAACCAAGCGCAUUGGUUAAUGGACUCCCUCUCGGACCAAAGGCAGUUAAAGUAUUUGUGGAUCAAGUCCAUCAGCCUGAAACUUUUAUAUGGAGGCCUACCAUGGAAAUGACAUACCUUGAGGACUGUGUUAUGGCUUUUGUAUCUUGGCCUGUCAGUAAAGUUGUUUUUGAAAAUUCAACAACAGGUCACAAAUCUCCUCUUCAGAAUUCUGCAGCAACUGUAUCAGGUUCUAAAUCUGUACCAGGUGC